UAGGGGUAGAUUAUAUCAACAGUAACUUGUCAAACGGAUGAAAGGAGAUGAUUACUUGUUCCUGAAUUAUUUAAGUUUUCUUACAGGUAGUCUGUUAUCGGUGUGUGUUUACUGAAGUGUUUACGUCUGUGGCGACCUCUGGUUUGUUGAUAGCCGUUAAAUACAUUAGCUAAUUCAUUCGUGUUUGUCGCCAAUACCAUGGCUUCAGAAGACCAAAAAUUCUGCUUACUGGAGGUGCUUGACACUUUCAAGUUGUGUCUGUCGGAAAACAAAGAAGUCUACCUUGAACACUACGUCGCUGGGUGGCGUGGUCUUGUAAAGUUUCUGAACAGCCUGGGGGCCGUAUUUGGCUUCAUUUCUAAGGAUGCUGUCAGUAAGAUCCAGAUCCUGGUCAACUUCCUGAAUGGUGAGCAUGGGUCUCAGUAUGUCACCAUCCAGUCCAUGGUAAAAUACGAGCUGGAGAACAAACUUGUGGACCAGAAGAAGCAAGGCAGCCAUCCAGAGUCAGGCUGUCGUACUCUGCUGAGGCUCCACCGCGCACUGAGGUGGCUGGAGCUCUUCCUGGAGCGUCUCCGCACCAGCACUGAGGACAGCAAAACAUCUUUCAUGUGUGCAGAGGCCUACAACGAGUCCCUUGCAAAGUACCACACUUGGAUGGUCCGUACGGCUGCGGGCAUGGCGUUCCACAUGCUGCCUGGGCGCCCUGCUUUCUUUGAAGUGAUGAAUGUAGGCCCCCCAGAGCAGGUCGUGGCCAUACUGGGAAAAGCUCUGCCUUUAAUCUCUGAGGUGUACCAGAUCACAGAGGACCUGUACGCUCAACAUAACCUGCUUGACUUACCAUAGAGCAAGAAGGCCUAUAUUUGUCACAUUACAUAUACAUGAUUAAAUAUUUACAGUCCGUUCCUGCUAAUGGGCUGUUACCUGCUACUCCUGUUUGACUACAGGGUUGUGUAUUAUCUGUACAGUGCUGGGCACAAAUUAAAUUUCACUGGCACUAAUAUGUACUACUGCAUUGCCAGUUUUCAAUAUACUGCAAUACUGCAUGCACAUUUUUGCUCAUAAUAAUCCACCUCUGAAUGACAUCUUUAAUUCAGCCUUUGAUUAUUUUUAAUGUUAAUACACAAAGGGGGCUGUAGUGGAGCCAAGAAGCCUUUGGACUCCUGCAGACAGCUGUGUAUUUUCAUAAUUUAUCAUAAAUGCCCAAGUUGAUGCUUUGUAUUUGGGGACAGUAUUUUGAACUACUGCAGAGCUGGAACAGCUAGUUGAUCAAUUAGUCAAUCAGAAGAAAACCCAUGAGCAACUAUUCUGAGAAUAUUUGAUGGUUUUAGGUUCACAUAUAUGAUUAUUUGAUGCUUGUCUUUGUUCUACCCUAUAGUAAAUUAAAUAUUUGGGAUAUUUGACAAGGUAUUUGUUGACAUAUUUGUGCACCUAGUGUCCUGGGAUUUCCAGGAUGUUUUUAAAAAUUGUUUUCUGACAUGGCUUAGGCACCAAACAAUCUACAACAGAGGCUUUUGACUGAUAGUGACCCAGGGACCACCACUGUGACUAAGAAGCAACUUGAGGACCACUGUUGUUGAUUUUAAUCCUGAAAGUCACCUUGAUAUUUUUUUUACCUGAAUUUGAUUAUUCAUUAACAGUAAUUAAUAAAUUGAAAUAUGUUAAUGUUUUGUAAUUCCCACAGUGAAGCUACAUUAUUGAAUGCAUCAGGGGGCUGUGGACCACUGGCUGAAAACCCCUGAUCUAGAAGAUUUAGACCACUUAAAACUGAUAUCGAUGAUUUUUAUGUAUCAGGGAGAUCAGGUAAUAAUAGGCCCAUUAGUUUGUCUUUUCAAGUUCUUACCAUAUUUUCUUCAAAUAUAAAUGCAUUUCUGCUCCUGUUAGAGUGUGAAAUGCUCUCUAAUGCCAGAUAUUGAAUAUUUUACAAUGGUCUUCUAUAUAAAACAAACAGAAAAGGCUACUAGUAAACUGAAGCCUUAAUGUGAGAGCAGCAGUUUUUAAAAUACCAAAGAUAAAAAUGUCAGAAACUAAAACUAAACUAAACAUACUCUUAUAUCCUGAAACAGGUGCUGGAAUGAUGUGGAUCUACAAUCAUCACACUGCAGUGGUCAUACCAAAUACAAACGACUUCCACUGAAUAAGUUUGUGAAAAAAACUUUGUAUAUUGAAACACUGGGUCAUAUUAAUGGACUCAGAGUUAUAACACCCUGUAUAUUUUUUUCAUUAAAUAUACAAAUGACAAUGUGUGUAUAGCUAGUGUACAAGCAUUAAAUUCUUUUGAAGUGAAUGUUGUAGUUUUACAGUGAAUUACUGUAUAUUAUGUAUACAUCACUAAAUUCAAAUUCUAUCAGUAGGGUAGCUUAUUAAAACAUGUUAUUAGCUAGUCACUGUCAGCACAC